UCAGAAGGGUGGCAUUGUUUUACAUUAUCUUUACAACUCUUUAUGGUCUAAAUGGAGACUAGCUGGGUUCUCCAUCUGCUUCUGCAUUGUUCUGUCCUCAUGUUGUUUUGGGUGAAGUCCAUGAAGAAAAUCCAGCCACACCCAGAUACGGAGUUGGAAAACACGUGGAUAAUGUCUUGGUUUAUUGUAGAAAUAGUUCUGACCUCCUGGAUGCCCUGCACAGGGACUAUGGUCCAUCCUGGGGGGAGGGCUGGCUGAUGGAGUGCUUGGAUCAUGCCCUCGGUGCAGAGAGCAGAGUGGAGCUGGGGUGGCCCAGCCUGCCCGGCCCGCCUCAGAGGGAGUGUAAGAACGAAGGGUGUCCAGUUUGCAAGAGAACACGGAGAAGAAUCCCACAGCCGGGAGGGCCCUGCUCACAUUCAGUGUACACAGGCCCAUGGAAAUACUGUCAUCCACUUGUGACGUGAUUCCAGAUCUGGUACAAAGUGAGAUCCAGGAGGAGUCAGUGACCUUCAAGGAUGUGGCCGUGGACUUCACUUGGGAGGAAUGGAGGCACCUGAAUGCUUUUCAGAAGGAGCUGUACAAGGACGUGACUCUGGAGAACUACAGGAACCUGGUGUGCCUGGGGCUUGCCGUGUCCAAACCCGACGUGAUCUCCCAGUUGGAACAAGGGGGAGCACCUUGGAUGCCAGAGGGAGAAGGCCCAAGGUGCAGGUGUGCAGGCUGGGAGACUAGGCCUGAAAGUCCAAAGCUGCACAUUUCCAUGGGUAUGUCGUCUGAAGAAAGACUCCCAAGGGAUGGUGCCUGUGUCGCCACGGUGGGAGAAGCCUGUGAAUGUGAUGCCGCGUUAGAGAGGCAGCAAAGUAAUGAGGAGAAACGUUCUCAGCAAGUAAAGAUCACCCAGAGGAAUUCUUUGAAUACCGUCAGAGGCCAUGAAUGUGAUGAAUGUGGCCAAAACUUCAGGCCAGUCCCUUCUCCACACCUGGGAGAACAGAUAGCAAAGAGUCUUCAUAAAUGUGAUAGACACAGAAAUCUCUUCAGGCUAAAUGCAGACCUAAGCACCUGCAACAGAAACUGCUCAAAGAAGACGUUUUCUAAGUACCGUGACUAUGAGAAAUCCUUCAGUUGUGAUUCUGACAUUAUUGAAUAUCAUAGAAUUUGUGCUGAAGAGAAACUUCGUGAAUAUAGUGACUGUGGGAGCACCCUAUGCCACAGUUCAUCCAUUAUUUCAUAUCAGAGAACUCAUCCUGUAAAGAAACUUCGUAAGUCUGAUAAAUGGGGAAAGGCCUUUCCCCAGACCAUACAACUUCUUGCACAUCAGAAAACUCAUACUAGAAAAGAAAUGUAUAAAUGUAAUGAAUGUGGGAAGACCUUUGGCCAGAGCGCACAUCUUGCUCGACAUGAGAGAAGUCAUUCGGGAGAGAAACCUUAUGGAUGUAAUGAGUGUUGGAAGGCCUUCAGCCGGAGGUCACAUCUUAUUGAACAUCAGAGAACGCAUACUGGAGAGAAACCUUAUGAAUGUAAUGAAUGUGGGAAGGCCUUCGUCCGAGGCACACAUCUUACUCUACAUCUGAGAACACAUAAUGGGGAGAAACCUUAUGAGUGUCACGAAUGUGGGAAGGCCUUCCCUCAGAGCAUACAACUUCUUGGACAUCAGAGAAUUCAUACUGGAGAGAAACCUUAUGAGUGUAAUUACUGUGGGAAAACUUUUAGACAUAGCUCAUCCCUUAAUUCCCAUCAUAGGAUUCAUACUGGAGAGAAACCUUAUGAAUGUAAUGAAUGUGGGAAGGCCUUCAAACACAGCUCUUCCCUUACUUACCAUCACAGAAUUCAUACUGGAGAAAAACCAUUUAUAUGUAACGAAUGUGGUAAGGCUUUCCCACAGAGCAUACAACUUAUUGAACAUCAGAGAAUUCAUACAGGAGAGAAACCUUACGAAUGUUGUGAAUGUGGGAAGACUUUUAGCCGGAGAACUCAGCUCACUCGACAUCUGAGAAUUCAUACUGGAGCUAAGCCUUAUGAAUGUAAUCAGUGUGGUAAGGCCUUUUGUCAGAAGGCACAGCUUAGUAAACAUCAACGAAUUCAUAGUCAAGAGAAACCUUAUGAAUGUAAUGAAUGUGGAAAGGCUUUUAGAUAUACCUCUUCUCUCACAUCUCAUCACAGGAUUCAUACUGGUGAGAAACCUUAUCAGUGUAGCGAAUGUGGGAUGACUUUUGGCUGGAACACACAGCUUAGUAAACACCAACGAAUUCAUACCAGAGAAAAAUCUGUGUUCUCUACCUAAUGUUCUCAGCUUCCACCACAGACAGAAGCCAGGGCUCUUUUUCUUUUUUAUGCCCACUGAUACUUUAGAGAUAGAACACUAGCAUAGUAAAGGACCUUAGAGAUCAUCUCUUCCAACCUUUCAUUAUGCAGAUGAAAAAACUGAGGCUCAGGACACUUAAGUUACAACCAAGGGCACAUAGAAAGGUAGUAUUAGACCCAAGAGUAACACUUCAGUUUCCUCAUUCACAGCAGUGGGUUUUUGUUUUUGUUUUUGUUUUUUACAGUUUUGUCCUGAAUGGGAGGUAUUUAAUCCUUUUACCAAUCAUUUUCAGGCCUUGAUGUCCCAUUGUGAUGACUAUCCCAUCUGAUUUGUUCCUUAGCCCUAGAAACUGUUGGCCUUCCAAUUACCUCACUGCCAUGACGAUGCACUUUUAGGUGGGAGUCAUAAUAAUUAGCAUUUAGAUUUGCAUUAAGAUUUAUAAAACGUUUUACAAGCUUUUUCUGAUUUUAUCUUCACAACCAGCCUGAGAGGUAGGUGCUGUUAUGAUCCCCAUUUUACACUUGAAGAAGUUGAGGUAGACGGAGGUUAGUUGACUUGUCCAGGGUCACAUGGCUAGGAAGUUUAGAGGCUGGAUUUAACUGUUAUGCAAAACAUAGUUUCUGGUUAUUAAACUCUCUCCCUCCUGUCCUCAAGGAGCACAAAAUCCUUUUCUCUUUUCAUCAGGCCUUUCAUCAAGAUAGCUAUCCAGCUGUUCACCUGACACAUAGCUUUUAAGAUUGACAAAGUGCCUUCACAUCCCUCCACAACAACCCUGUGACAAUUGAUGCUGAAGUCAUGUGACUUGGCCUUGAUCACACAGCUGGGACGUGGUGGACAUAGGUUCCUGCCCUGGCAUCUCCUUACUGUAGUCCUGGGCUGUUUCUACUACAUAAGAUGUCUUUUGGUAGUGAGUCCAUCCCAGUUCUAGAUUUUGUCAUCUUAUAAUCUCCUCCAAAAUGUCACCUGGCGAGCGCCUUCUUAGAUGGCUUGCAAAGCGCUCGGCCAGGGUUCGCACCCCUCGGAGCGUCGUCCUAUCUUUUGUCCAAGGCUGAGAGAGGCUAGCUGAUCUCUCCACCCAUCCGGUCGGUGAAGCCAGAUUAGAUCUCAGAUCUUGACUGCUAAUGGCAGUGCUCUCUGCACACUAGAGCAAUGACAAGGGUUAAUUUUAAAUGGCUAAGACCUUGAGACCUAAUCUUUUGAGCUGAUCCGAAGAAUAUCUUGGAAUGAUCCUAGGACAUCUGCUGGGACAAGACAUACUGAACUGGAGGAGGUCAAGGGAGCCAAGCAGUCUUCCCCCAAGUCCGCAGCAGUGUUCUUCCUAGGUUUUAACACCCUUGUACAGCAUCUGGACAGUACCAGCUUUGACUUGAGUUGUCUAGCCACUACACAGUGCCUAGAUGACUGUCAGGUUUGUUCUGGAGUACUGUAAAUUGAAGAUGCUGCUGUUUGAUAUGAAACCUGUAUGAAAAACCUGUUUGGAGAGUAAAGCUCCCACAUUUCGUUGCAGAGUAUCUUGAAGAAUUGCUUGCUGAUUGCUCACAAGUAGUUGGAAAUGUCUAGCAUAUAUUUUGUCUGGAAACUUCCUAUUAUCGCUGCAACCUUAAGUAAAGUUAUUUUUGCUUGGG